AUGUCCUGUGACGGUGAAGUUCAAGAAGCGUCCGGAAAGGAGUCUGCCGAACCGAUCCGCGUUGUCGUUACGGGAGCCGCCGGUCAGAUCGCUUACUCGCUGCUGUACAUGGUAGCGAAGGGCGAUGUGUUUGGACCGGAACAACCGCUGAUCCUGCAUUUACUGGACAUUCCACCGAUGAUGGGCGUGCUGGAGGGUGUCGUGAUGGAGCUGGACGACUGUGCCCUGCCACUGCUCGUCAGCGUCGUCCCGACCGCCGAUCCGGCCGUCGCCUUCAAGGAUGUCGAUGCGGCCUUCCUGGUCGGUGCGAUGCCCCGCAAACAGGGCAUGGAGCGCAAGGAUCUGCUGUCGGCGAACGUGAAGAUCUUCAAGGUGCAGGGCGAAGCACUGGAUAAGUACGCCAAGAAGGACGUGAAGGUACUGGUGGUGGGUAACCCGGCCAACACGAACGCUCUAGUCUGCUCGCACUAUGCCCCUUCCAUCCCGAAGGAAAACUUUACCGCCAUGACGCGGUUGGAUCAGAACCGUGCCCAGGCCCAGAUUGCCGGUCGGCUCGGCGUCCGCAUCAUGAAGGUGAAGAACGUCAUCAUCUGGGGUAACCAUUCGGCCACCCAGGUACCGGACGCACGGAACGCUUCGGUGGAGGUGAACGGUACGGUCAAGACGGUACCGGAAGCAGUCGCGGACGACGAGUUUCUGAAGCAACAAUUCCUUGAGACGGUGCAGAAGCGUGGUGCGGCAGUCAUUGCCGCCCGGAAGAUGUCUUCGGCAAUGUCCGCGGCAAAGGCGGCCAGCGAUCACAUGCGCGAUUGGUUUGCGGGUACACGCGACGGAGAGUACGUGUCGAUGGGUGUGAUUUCCGACGGUAGCUACGGUGCACCGAAGGAUAUUGUGUUUUCCUUCCCGGUCCAGAUCCAGAACCGGCAGUGGAAGAUCGUGCAGGGUUUGUCGGUGGAUGAGUUCACGCGCAGCAAGCUGGACGUGACGGCGAAGGAACUGCUCGAGGAGAAGGAGGAAGCGAUGGCGGUGUGUGCUGCGGAUUGACUAGUUAAACUGUAAAGCAAAAUUU